GUCGCUUCCUGAACAUUAAAAAACGAAAGUGUCAAAGAGGGAAACAAGUGCACAUGGUGAGCGACACUGACGGAGGAGCAUCGCACAAACAGCACAGGGCAGCAUGAGCCAGUGGAAACAGAUUCAGCAGUUGGAGAUCAGACUCCUGGAACAUGUGGAUUAUCUGUAUGACGAUAACUUCCCCAUGGACAUCCGACAAGGUCUGUCCAGCUGGAUUGAGUCUCAAGAUUGGGACACAGCAGCUAGCGACGAGUCAAUGGCAGCGGUGCUGUUCACCAACCUGCUGGCCCAGUUGGAUAGGGUGCGCUCACAGGAGCAGAACUUCCUACAGAGACACAACAUGAAAAUCAUACAACAGCAACUACAGGUGAAAUACACGACAACCCCAGUUGUCAUGGCCAGGGUUAUCUCUACCUGCCUCAGGGAAGAGCGUCGUAUCCUCUCCAGUGCCUGCAUGCAGGAACAGGGUCCACUGGAGAAAUCAUUGCAGAACUCUGUGGCCUUUGAGAGGCAGAAGAACAUGGAUAACAGAGUUGGGAUCAUCAGGGGCAGUGUACAGUUGAUGGACCAGGCUGUAAAAUACAUCGAGGACAUGCAGGAUGACUUUGAUUUCCGCUACAAGACGCUACAGUCUCGAGAAUCAACAGAUACUCGACAGAAGUCUGAGAUGAUGAAACAGGAAGUAACAAGACUGCAAGAAAUGCUGAACAGGCUCGACUUUAAAAGGAAGGAGAUCUUGUCAAAGAUGGAUGUUGUGAUCAAAGAGAUUGAUGACCUCAUGACCUCUCAGCUAAACCCUGAGCUGCAAGACUGGAAGCGCAGACAACAGAUUGCUGCCAUUGGUGGUCCGCUGCUCACUGGCCUGGACCAGCUGCAGAGUUGGUUUACUCUGACAGCCCAGAGUCUCUUCCAGAUCAAGCGUCAGCUGGACAAACUGGGGGAACUGGUCCUGAAGGUCACCUAUGAAAGUGAUCCAAUCCCCUUGCAGAAACCUCAGAUGGAAGAGCGAGUCAAAUACCUCAUCUAUCACCUCAUCAAGAGUUCAUUUGUGGUGGAGAAGCAGCCAUGCAUGCCCACACACCCACAGAAACCCCUCAUCAUCAAGACUGGAGUACAAUUCACCACCAAAGUCAGACUCCUGGUUAAACUUCCAGAAGUGGAUUAUCAGCUGAAAGUGAAAACAACAUUUGAUAAGGACCUCCCCCCUGGCAGAGUAAGUCGUCAGUUUUUCAUCCUCACCAACAACACUAAAGUUAUGGACAUUGAGGACUACUCAAAUGGCUGCCUCUCAGUGGAGUUUAGACACCUGCAGCUGAAAGAAAAGAAAUAUAUCAAUGGCACAAAGGGGAAUGAGGGUCUCCUCUCUGUGACCGAGGAACUUCACUCUCUCAGUUUUGAGGCUUGCUUCACAAUGCAGGGCCUUACCAUUGAUCUAGAGACGUGUUCUCUGCCUCUGGUGGUCAUUUCCAACGUGAGCCAGCUCCCUGGAGGCUGGGCAUCUGUCAUGUGGUAUAACCUUUUGACUGAUGAGCCAAGGAAUUUGGCAUUCUUUGGGAACCCACCUCGGGCCACCUGGAGCCAGCUCUCUGAGGUCCUCAGUUGGCAGUUCUCCACCUUUGCAGGUCAAGGCCUCAACAAGGAGCAGCUCACCAUGCUGGGAGAGAAGCUUCUCGGUCAGCAUGCCUCCUGUAGUGACUAUCAAGUGUUCUGGUCUAAGUUUUCAAAGGAGAAUAUUCCAGGAAAGCCAUUCAGUUUCUGGAUGUGGCUGGACUCCAUCCUGGAGCUUAUCAAGAAGCACUUGCUGCCAGUCUGGAAUGAGAACUACAUCAUGGGCUUUGUGAGUAAAGAGAUGGAGCGCACUCUGCUAAAGGACAGAGAGCCGGGCACAUUCCUCUUACGCUUCAGUGAGAGCCAUCUUGGAGGGAUCACUUUCACCUGGGUGGAGCACAACGAAAAUGGAGAGGUGAAGUUCAACUCUGUUGAGCCAUACACUAAAAACAGGCUUAGCGCUCUCCCAUUUGCCGACAUCAUACGAGACUACAAAGUGAUCUCAGACGGAGUUGUCCCAGAGAACCCACUCAAAUUCCUCUACCCCGACAUCCCCAAAGAUGAGGCCUUUGGACGGCUGUACAACAGUCAGCCAAGCAAAGCCUAUCCAUACAUACCAUCUACCCUGAUCCCCAUCUCAGAACUGCGCUCUCAUGCAAGCACCACACCACCUCCUUGUCAGUCUCCUGAACCACCAAUGACUCCUGGGGAGUUUGACAUGCUCAGCGAGAGUCUAUGCUUCAACAUUGACACCAUGAGUUCUCCAUAUUCAGAGUAAAGUGAGGUGAAGCACUCCAAUCUCCAAUCAGUGUCUACAUCUUUGUGAUCAUGAAGCGUUUGCUGUGUUUAAACAGGUCUGUGUGGUUGAAUGGGAUUCAUUGUUUGAGCUUUUUUUUCUUCAGUAUUUUUGUUGAAUAUUAACUUAGCAUUCACAAACACAAACAUACAGAAACUUUAAACAAGGACGGUAAACCAAGUGGAUAUGUUGAAAAAAAUCAAAUGAAAUUUUAGUUCAGUAAGAGAGAAAAUAUAUGAAGGCAAUAUAUGACGGGACUCCACACUCCCCAAAAAAACCUAUACCCAUCCCACACCAUAUUAGUCAUCUUUUCCACUGACUAAUUUCUUGUCAUUUCUUUUAAACUAACUAUUAAUACUUGGCACACUGUUGUUCUCCCAUUGUAAAGCAGAGGAUGUUUUACCUGUUAGAUUCAAAAGUCUGUGAAUGUAUACUCUUUUCUUUUCAGUCAGGCAUCUUGAGGUUAUAAAUGUGAUUUAAAUCAUUGCUGGUAGAGAUAAACUGAUAUUCUGGAUUUCAUCUGUCAUACUGUUCACAUAUUCCUAAAAUGUCUUUAUGUGUUCACACGCCCAUAUGCAGUGGAAUAGAAUACCUUUUUGAUGUUUUAUUGAGUUUCACAAAAACAGAGUACCUUUAAACUCAUUGCAUUUCACACAUCAGGAAUAUUUUCAUUGUAUUUUUGUAAUGUAACUGGGGUUAUAUAAGUGCACAUUAAACACUCUUAUUUGUAG